AUGUCGUUAUUGACCGCUAAAACUUUGAGACAGCGUAUCGGUAUAGAGUACAUGAUCACACCGCGUCUGUUUGCGUCCUUGCCACCCGAUGAGCGUUCCCUGUGGCACUCGCACGUUUACGAAGUCAAGUCGGGCAUGCUAGUGAUGCCCAAUAGCCUAGUGCCGCAGACGCUGUGGGAUACGGCAGAAAACAAGGAGACGGGAGAGAUUAUUACUUUUUAUGGGAAAACGUAUCGUCUCUGGCGAACGGAUCGAGAGGAUAGUUUGCCACCUGGGGGACCAAGGUUGAUGACUCGUUUUACACGGGAUGGGCAGCUGGACUUGGCCAAGGUGGGAGAGAGAGAUGGACGGCUCGGAAGAAGAAGGAUAAGGGAGGGGAGAUUCCUACCCUAA